GUAAACAUGUGGUAAACUCCCUUCUCACUCUCCUCUUGAGAACAAGUUUCAAAGUUUCUAAUGUAAGUCAUGGAUGGACAUAUCUUCAGCAGGAGACUGUUUCUAUGCUUAUUUCUUUGUUAUGUCUACCCUCAUUGUUCAACAAACGAAGUCUGCUCAAACAAUAUACAUCCUGGAACAAAAGGUGAUCCAGGUGAGGAGGGAGCAGAAGGUGAAGAGGGAAUAAUGGGGAAAUCCGGCCCAUCUGGCAAGCAAGGCCUCCCUGGUAAAUAUGGAGACAAAGGACUGAUUGGCCAAAUAGGAAAGAGAGGACCUAGAGGAAUGAGAGGUGACAAGGGACAACAAGGAACUGAUGGAAUCCAAGGGUUAAAAGGAAAACCUGGUUCAGUUUGUGAUUGUGGGAAGUACAGAAAAGUGAUUGGACAGAUGGACGCCAGUAUAAGCAAAGUGAAAAACGCCAUCAAGUUUAUAAAGAAAGUGGUUCUAGGUAUCAGGGAGACUGAGAACAUGUUUUACCUGCUUGUUACGGAAGCGCGGACGUAUCAACAGUCACUUUUGAACUGCAAGUUGCGUGGUGGGACUCUUGCUAUGUCCAGGACCGAAGAGAAAAACAACUUGUUGGCCAACUUUAUCAAAGAGGCUGAUCUUAAUCACGUGUUUAUAAGAUUACAGGCAGGGGUAACAGAGGUGGGGUACAUGUACUUGAAUGGUAACCCUCUCUUAAAUACCACAGCUUGGGCAAUUCAGGGGGCAGACAGUGGUAAAGGUGACUGUGUGCAGCUUGGUAGAACAGGAGCCUUGAGCCAGGUAGACUGUGGAGCCACACAGUACUAUAUAUGUGAGUUUGUAAAAAACAAUGACACUACAAAAAAUUCAAUCGUGUGAUGAUUCAUAGGUCAUAGUGGAAACCCUUAAUUAUUAUUAUUGUUGUUUACAAUAAUAAUAAUAAUAAAAAUAAAAACAUUAAUAAGGUGACACUUUACAAUAAGGUUUGAUUAGCUAAUGUUAGUUAUGUAUUUACUAGCAUGAAGUAAGAAUGAAUAAUACUUGUACAGAAAUGAAGCAUAUUUAAUGUUAUUUUCAACCAUAUUAAAUGUUUUAUUAAAAUCCAAAUGUGUGCCUGUUAAUGUAAGCUAAUGUACUUAAAACAAUGACUAAAGUCCUUAAAACAAGAACUAACAGUAAACAACUGUAUUUUCAUUACACAGAAAUUGUACAUUUUUUAUGUUAAGCUGUAUACACGAUUAGUGUUUUACCUUUUGUUGUUUUUAUUGAUAUAUUAUUGUGUACAGUAUUAUUAUUAUACACUACUGAUUAGACUGAAAUUAUUGUAGAUUUUACAGUUUUUGUAAGUGUCAGAUCCUAAAUAAAAUUCU